AUUUCAUUUAAUAUUUAGAACAUAUGUUUUUUUGGAAAAUUUGAUAAAUAAUGCCUUUUAUUGGGAAAGAUUGGAGAUCUCCUGGUCAUAAAUGGAUUAGAUUAGAAGAUGGUUGGGAAGAGAUUAAAUUGCUCGAUAGUUCUGGUCGCAUAAAAAAACAAACUAAAGAUGGCUCCCAGCUCGAUUCCGCCGAAGAAAAUUGUAUUAACCAAGAAACACUCAUUCCGAUAAAUUACGAUUCCGUUGGCCUUGCCAACCAAUACAACUCUCAUCCUAUCCCUAUUAUUUUCAAACCCUGCCUAUUCAACGGAAACAAGCGUUAUUCGUCCCCUCGUGGAUUCACUAGUCUAAAGGAGGCGUUUAGGAAGCUGGACUUUUUGGAUGGUAUAGAUGAUAUCAAGCGGUUUAAUUACAUUUCCAAAGUUCUUAGCUUGCUGAUACGCGAAAGACUCCACGAACUGAGUGGCAGCGCCCAAAAAUGCAUUUUUGCCUUAGCUGGAAGGGUCAUCGAGCGCGGCGUAGCAGAAUGUCGAAAUUUCAGUCUUCUGCGAACUCUCGUGCGUGAAUUGAGCAAGGCAUUGACAAUAGGGCCACCAUCUUUUGGGCUUCGCGUCGGCUGCGAGUCGUUGUGGAAUGGGCAUGCCAGGGAUAUCCAGCGGUGGAAACGUGAACUUGAGGGCGCCAUUAUCCUUGGAGAUGAUAAUGUUAUUGAGAGAAUGAAUGAGAGCGAAGCAAAGGACUGGGAGAAAUAUGGGAUCGUUGCCAAUAAAGAUUUAACUUUCGAGAACAUUCCCUCGACAAUCACUAUUACGAAGAGUAACCUCGGGAAACCUGAACAUGGCCUAAAGCCUAAAUUCAGAAUGUCCGAACGCAUUCGUCGAAUCAUAGGAGAAAAUUUCAACCAUCUCGCUCCAGACGAUGAUUCUCACAAGCCUUCCUUAUAUGGUGAUAAUAAAAACGAUAAACUUCUAGAUCAAAAUUGUGAUAAAAUGUACGAUUUAGCCACCCGCAACUCUCCCCCGAAGGAGACAACAACCAACACUACCACAACUAUAUACGACAAUGGAGGGAAAGGCGCUGUCGUUAUCGAUAUUGCGAAUAACCAUAAAGUAGGGAGCCUAAAAAGGAAUAAGCCGAUCAAAUUGAGUGGUAACAGCAACAAGGUUCUGAAAGAAUUGCCCAAGGAAUGCGUCUUUAAAAUCGUGUCCUGCCUCUCGGAUCACCAAGACCUAAUCAACUUGUCCAAAUGUUGUGAUAUAGAGCUAGACGAAAAAAUGAAAAGGCUUACCAAACAGGUGAAAAACGACUCUAUAAACAUUCUGAAGAUAGUCUACAAUAGUGCAAUACAGCCUGCCGUUGACAACAUUAAUCACGACUAUUUCAACAGUCACCCAGAUGGGUCUGUUUUAGCCUAUUUUUCUGAAUGUUCCCAGGAGGCUUAUAUUUGGAAAAAACUCUGCGCUUUCCAUUUCACCGAACAGCAAAUAACCAAAAGGAUCGCCAUGACUUACAAGGAUGCUACUACCGCCUCCACGACAUCUGACGAUAAAUUGGAUAAGCACGAUGACAUCCAGGUUGAUUGGCAAAUGAUGUACUUCAAGCUUAAAAGGUAUUACGGGGUCAAGGAAAUAUAUGCCAACAUGCUCCAUUUCUGCCUCGGUUGCAAAUGCAUAUACUGGAAAGGCUUAGGCCACCCCUGCGAUCAUGAUCCAGAUGAAACCAAACCUCACCCUUCAAUACGUAUUUAUCCUCACGAAUUUAUAGAGAUAAUACUUUACUGAAUUAUUUUUAAAUAAAUCUUAGUUUUAUAAAUUUGAAAGAAGCGAGAAAAAAUUUCAAAAAAAAAUACAAAAAUUUUAAAUGUUUUAUUUAAAAAAUUAUAUUUAUCAAUUAAAAAUCAUUUUUUUUAAAAUGAUAUAAUUAAACAAUCGAAAUAUAUAUAUUUUUUUAAAAAUAUAAAAUAAUUCUUGCAAAAAAAAUUAAAGUAAACUCAAUUAUUAUUAGCAGCAGAGUUCUUAUAAUUUUGUUUUAUAAAUCAUAUAAAGAUUUUUAUAAAACUCAUUGGAAUUUAACUGUAAUAUGUCACGGGAACGGGACUUAUGGAAAUUUAAGCAAAUAAGUCUAAAAAUAAAUCUUGGUAUAAUUUUGAUAAAUAUCAUUUAAUAUUCUUGUUAAAGAAGUAAUUGAUAGCACUUAAUUACUCUUGUUCUAUGACAUAUUAUAACUAUUAAUUUUUUGAAUCAAUAUAACUAACAAGGAACAAACUUUAAAUUAUCAUUCGUAUUUUAUAUUAUUCAAAUUUAAUUUUUUUUAAAAAGAAUGCAAUAAUAUUAUUCAAAUUUUUUUUUUUAUAAAGAAUUAAUAUAAUUUAUAUUAUUAUUAUUAUAUUCUGUGUCCACCUAUUUAAUUUUUUCAAUCAUGUUAUAUAUAUUAUCGUUUUUUUUUGUAAUUUUUUGAUUAUAUCGUGAUGCGUGCUAUAAUUU